AUGUCUUACAACGGUAUAGGAUUACCAUCUGCUAAAGGAUCUUCCACAAGUGGCUUCAUCCAAAGGAAUUUGGGCAAUUUGAAGUCACACUCCAACUCAAAAUACAGUGCACAGUCAAAUAAAUAUGAGCAUCGCAAACAGUUGAAACUCACCAACGAGAAGAACGAAUUGAAACUCAAACAGCGGCUCAAUUUCAAAGGCGAUGAGGAAAUUAUAAAUCACGAGAAGAAGCGUCUCCUCGAAGUCAAGUGCUUGGAGUAUCGAGACAAGCUCGAGGAGGCCGCAGAGUUGCAAGGUGAUGAACCAGUAGAUGAAGACGCAAUCGAUGAACAAGUAAAUAAAUAUAGACAACAGUUGCUAAAACUUCUAGAUGAAGAUCCCGAAUAUUUGGUCAAAGGAACCGUGAAGAGAUCAAGAGAUGGCCGGGUUUCAAAAGAGUCUCUACGGAAAAAUAAUUUUGAUCUACACAAUAUGACAAGGCAAAAAGAAUUGGAGAACCAAAGAUUCUCAGAAGCCUUCAGACUAGAAAAUAAUGAGCUGGAAAUCCAAAAGCCCAACCCCGAUAGGGAAUUACAAACCCAAGUUCUGAAAGAUGAAACCAUCGAACAGGAAAGGAAACCAGUGUACCAGCGAGUGAGUGUCGAAAGAACAUACAACAGCACUACCAGUGGUGAAAGGAAGGCUUCCAAGGAGGACAUUGACUAUUAG